AGAGAGGAAAAUGAGAAAAAGGCCGAAAAUGUAGCCAUGGAUUUAGAAAAUCAUCUCUCCUCAAAAAACCCUAACCCUAGAUUUCCUCUCUGGCAUUCAUGGCCUCCGUCUCUGCAGCUUAUUCUUCCUACAUUUCUCUCUCUUCCUUGACUCUCUCUCACUUCAGAUUCCGUCCCUCUCCUUCUCCAUCUCUUCAUGUGCGGAAAACCCUAACCAUCAGAUCUCUCUCUUCUUCCCUGCUUUCUCCCAAUGCAUCCGUCCUCGACAAACCCUCGAUCCCGUCAAAGACUGGUAGCUGGCAAUGGAAAUUUCAAGAUAAUUCUGUGAACAUCUAUUAUGAGGAAUAUGAGGGGGAGAGCCCUGAGCCUAGUAAGAAUAUCCUCAUGGUUCCCACAAUUUCGGAUGUUAGCACUGUUGAAGAAUGGAGGUCAGUCGCUAAAGAUAUUGUUGCACGAGAGGGGGGAGUCAGUUGGCGUGCCACUAUUGUUGAUUGGCCCGGUCUGGGUUAUUCUGAUAGACCGUCUAUUAACUACAAUGCAGAUGUCAUGGAGAAAUUCUUGGCUGAGUUUAUAAAUGCAUCUGAUAGUCCUCUGAGCCGUGCAGGUAGUGACUUUGUAGUUUUCGGGGGAGGGCAUGCGGCAACAAUAGCUCUUCGUGCAGCAAACAAGGGAUUAGUAAAGCCAUCAGCAAUUGCUGCUAUUGCACCUACUUGGGCUGGUCCGCUCCCUAUUGUCUUUGGUCGGAGUUCUGACAUGGAGACUAGGUAUGGGCUCCUGAGGGGCACCCUAAGAGCACCAGCCGUGGGUUGGAUGAUGUACAAUGUGCUUGUUAGCAACGAGAAGUCAAUCCAAUCCCAAUACAAAUCCCAUGUCUACGCUGAUCCCCAGAAUGUGACCCCUGGUAUUGUUGAGAGCAGAUAUGCUCUAACCAAACGGAAGGGUGCCCGGUACGUGUCUGCUGCUUUCUUGACAGGCCUCCUUGAUCCUGUCCAAUCCCGAGAAGAGUUCCUUGAUCUGUUUGGGGGCAUGGAUGGGAAGAUGCCAGUUCUGGUCAUGUCGACGGUGAAUUCACCGAAGAGGUCAAAAGCAGAGAUGGAUGCUCUAAAUGGAGCCAAAGGGGUCAGCAAGUUUGUGGAGGUUCCAGGGGCUCUUCUCCCACAGGAGGAAUACCCCGCUGUUGUUGCAGAGGAACUAUACAAGUUCUUGCAGGAGAUCGAAUCGAAGAGCUCAAACGAGUAGAAUUGCAAUAUACAAUUUUUUUUCCCCCCUGUAAAACAGGUUGAUGAAACCCCACACAACAGUAAAAUAAUAAUAAUAAUAAUAAUAUGAUAUUUCCUUUUUCCCCAAAGAAG